UUAGCUGGCUAGUUCGUGAUCCGUGUUUGUUAGCCAAUUUAGCUAGCAGAUGUCGAUAGGUCGCUUACAUUUUCAGAGGAAUAUGUGCGCAUAAAACGGCUCCCAACGCCUCUCCUAGAAAGAGGAGCAUGGCGCACAGAGGCACUUCCCCUCAGCUGUCCCACAGGACGGAGGACCCGGAGCAAGAUGAUGACUCCGACAGGGAUUCUGGUGUUGGUGAUGAUGCUGAGAGUUGCCAUGGAAGCCCUGUGAAUGUCCAGGAUGGAGACAGCCAUCAAUAUGACACGGAAGAAAGACAUCGGGGGGAAGAAGACUUUACCGUUUUUGUUGCCUUUCAAGGGAAUAUGGAAGAUGAAGACUUCAUGAAUAAGCUGGACACGGUUUUAAGCGGUCUACCUAACAUGCUUGAUAUGGAAUCCAAUAAAUUGCAUCCACAGCACGUGGAGCCGUGGAACAGUGUGCGCGUUACUUUCAACAUUCCACGGGAUGCUGCUGAAAGACUUAGGCUGCUGGCUCAGAACAACCAGCAGCAGCUCAGAGACCUGGGGAUUCUUUCUGUGCAGAUUGAAGGAGAGGGGGCCAUCAAUGUUGCAGGGGGACCAAAUCGUGGGCAAGAAGUUAGAGUUAACGGACCAAUUGGAGCACCUGGCCAGAUGAGAAUGGAUGUUGGUUUUCCAGGACAGCCUGGUCCAGGAAUGAGGAUGACCAAUCCUUCGAUGGUCCCCCCAAGCCCAGCGAUGCCAGGUCAGGCACUAGUACCAGGUGGCAGUGGACAGAUGCAUCCACGUCUUUCAAGACCGUCAUCACAAACAGAUGUCAUGGAUCCAAUGAUGCCAGGCAUGUCAGUUCAGCAGCAACAACUUCAACACCAACAGGCUGGUCCCCUUGGUCCCAUUCCUCCCCAGGCUGCCCAUCAUAUGCAGGCUGGAAGACCAAUCAACCCUGCUGCUUUGCAACAGCUUCAGCAACAACAUCAUCAACAGCAACAAGCUCAACAGCAAGCACAGCUCUCUCAACUUGGACCCAGACAUCCAUUCAAUCCAUCGGGCCAGAUGGCAAUGCCUCCUGGUUGGACCCCCUCUGGAAUGCUUCAGACACCAGCUGCCCAAGGAGGCCCUGGCUGGAGGAAGCCUCCACCUCAAGCCCAGAUGGUUCAAAGACCUCCUUCUCUUGUCACAGUUCAGACGCCCAGUCACCCUCCACCACCUUAUCCAUUUGGUAGCCAGCAGGCAGGUCAGGUAUUUAAUGCAAUUGGACAGGGGCAGUUGCAGCAGCAACAGCAGGCAGGAAUGGGUCAGUUUGCUGCCCCCCAGCCUAAAGUACCACAGGUUGGCCCUGGAGGUAUUGUUGGGCCACCUCGACCUCCUCCAACCCUUCCACCGACAUCUGGCCAACAGGGAAAUCUCACUGCCAAGUCCCCAGGGUCCUCAUCAUCUCCUUUUCAGCAGAGUUCUCCUGGUACUCCCCCCAUGAUGGCUCAGAGGCCUACAACACCACAGGGUUUUCCUCAGGGUAUUGGCUCACCAGGAAGAGCAGCCCUCAACCAACAAGGUACCAUGCAACAAGGAUUUAUAGGAAUGCCCCAACAUGGACAACCUGGAACACAAGUUCAUCCUGGUAUGCCAAAGCGGCCUAUGGGCUUCCCAAACCCAAACUUUUCUCAAGGUCAGGUGAGCGCUAAUACUCCAGGAACCCCCAGUCAAGGAUCCAGUCAGCAGCUACAGAGUAGCCAAACAUUGACACACACAGGAGUUCAGCAGUCCUCUUCGACACCAAAUUCAAUGCAAGGCCCACCACAUGUCCAACCCAAUGUUAUGGGCGUACAAAGUGGCAUGGCAGGUCAGUCCCCUGGCACAGCUACUGGGCCUAGCAUGACCCAGCAGCAGCAGCCAGGCCUUCAGAAUCAAAUGAUGGGCCUCCAGCAUCAGGCCCAACCCGUGUCCUCGUCCCCCAGCCAGGUGGUUCAAGGCCAGGGUGGAGGUCAGACUGUCCUCUCAAGGCCUCUCAGUCAAGGGCAGAGGGGAGGGAUGACCCCACCCAAGCAAAUGAUGCCUCAGCAAGGCCAGGGGGUGAUUCAUGGGCAGGGUCAGAUGGUUGGAGGUCAAGGGCAUCAGGCAAUGGUCCUGCAUCAGCAGCAACAACAGCAGCAGCAACAGCAAAAUUCCAUGAUGGAACAAAUGGUUGCAAGUCAAAUGCAAGGCAACAAACAGGCGUUUGUAGGGAAAAUGCCUCCUGGGGUCAUGCCUGGCCAGAUGAUGCGUGGUCCCUCACCAAAUGUUCCAGGAAACAUGGCUCAGUUUCAGGGCCAGGUUGGCCCGCAGCAGAUGACUCCACAACAGCAGCAGCAAAUGGCUCAUCUUCAACAGCAGCAGUUACAACAGCAACAGCAGCAUCAAUUACAACAUCAGCAACAGAUUCAGCAGCAACACCACCACCACCAGCAGAUGAACCAGCAGCAGCCUCAGCAGGUGCCACUUACUGGCAAUCCUAAUCAAGUAAUGGGCAUGCAUGGACAACAAAUGAGGCUCCCUGCUGGUCACCCUCUUAUUCAACAGCAGUUGCAACAGCAGCAGUUACAGCAGCAGCAAAAACAGCAGCAGCAAGUGGUGAUGCAGCAGCAGCAACAGGCUUCUCAACCACAUCCGUUGGGAGAUCCCAAUAGCGGAACUGGCGAUUUGGGGGUCCAACAGAUGGUCCCUGAUAUGCAGGUACAGCAGCCACAAGGCAUGAUGGGGGGCCCACAGCAAAUGCAAAUGGGAAAUGGACACUUUGCAGGUCAUGGCAUGAACUUUAACUCACAAUUCCCGGGUCAGGUUCCAUUGGGGGGACCUUGUGCACAGACAGGUGGUUUUCCUGUCAGUAAAGAUGUAACAUUGACAAGCCCGCUGUUGGUAAAUCUACUGCAGAGUGAUAUCUCAGCCAGCCAGUUUGGACCAGGUGGAAAAGCAGGUGGGGGUAACCAGGUCAAACCGAAAAAGAAGAAACCUGCACGAAAGAAGAAGCCCAAAGAUGGAGAAGGACCCCAGCAAGGAGAGGCGCUAGGUGGUCUUGAUGUGACUGGUACUAUGGAGGAUUCUGAACUGCAAAAUUUAGGUGGUGAACAGAGUUUGGGCCUGGAUAACUCGGGCCACAAUAGGCCUGCAGGUUUUCCUGGCCAACCUGGUGAUCAAAGAGUAUUACAGCAGGUACCAAUGCAGUUUAUGCAACAGCAGCUGCAACAACAACAACAACAACAUCAACAGCAGCUGCAACAGCAGCAGCAGCAACAACAAAUGCAGCACAUGCAACAACAACAAAUGCAACAACAACAGCAGCAGCAAUUUCAACAGCAGCAGCAAUUACAACAGCAACAGCAGCAGCAACUACAACAGCAGCAGCAGAUGCAACAGCAGAUGCAACAGUUGCAGAUGCAAGGCCUUCAGAAUGCUCAAGGGAUGACAGGACCUCAAGCUACAGGUCAAGGCCAACCCCAAAUACACCCUCAUCAGCUGCAGCCGCAGCAGCAAGGUCAGCAACAACAUCUGCAACAACAGCAGAUGCUGAUGAUGCUUAAGAUGCAGCAAGAGCAGAAAAAUCGCAUGUCCAUCGCCCCAGGAGGUCAGCUCCCUCCUCGUGGCAUUGGCAAUCAACCUGACGCGCAGAGACUUCCUGUGUCACAGCAAGGGAACUUGCCUGCAAUGAUCAGCCUUCAAGGACAUGCAGGAUUAGCACAAUCGCCUGAUAAAGCUAGAGGGAUGCCCCUGAUCAUAAAUCCUCAGCUUGCGAGUGCUGCACGGAGAAUGUCACUUCCUGAUUCAGCACAGGGCCCCCAAGGAACAGGUUCUGAGGAGACCGCUUCUGGGAUCCACCAAAAACCGGACAGGCCAAGUGGUCCCGAAAUUGGCAUGCAGCCUGGAAAUGGGGCCCAACAGAUGAUUGCUAACCAGGGUCCCACCUCACAUGUGACGAAGCAAGGCCCUGUUGCACCGUCAGUGGCCCAGCACACUGGGGCCAGUCCCCAACAACAGUUACCGACUCAGCCUCAACAAGGAGGACCUAUGUCUGGCAUUCAUUUCCCCAAUGUCCCCACAACUUCCCAAAGUUCCAGACCAAAAACUCCCAACAGGGCCAGCCCCAGACCAUACCAUCACCCCCUCACCCCAACUAAUCGUCCCCCUAGCACUGAGCCCUCUGAAAUCAAUCUUUCCCCAGAAAGGCUCAAUGCUUCAAUUGCUGGGCUAUUUCCGCCUAAAAUAAACAUUCCUCUGCCUCCUAGGCAGUCUAACUUAAACAGAGGGUUUGAUCAGCAAGGGCUUAACCCAACAACUUUGAAAGCCAUUGGACAGGCACCUCCAAACUUAAAUUUACCAGGCAACAACAGCAACAAUGUAAGUGGUGGAAACAACGCUAACAGUACUCAGCCUUUUCUUACUGGUACUGGAGGAGGCACUAAACAGGACAAACAGUCUGGAGGACAAAGUAAAAGGGCAAGUCCAAGCAACAGUCGUAGGUCAAGUCCAGCUUCUAGUCGUAAGUCAGCUACACCAAGUCCUGGAAGACAAAAGGGGACAAAAGUAACCAUCACCUGCCCUCCACAACCUCAACAACUGGUCAGCCCUCAGGGGCAAACUAUGAUGCUAAGCCCUACCUCAGUAACCCCAAAUGCAGUAUCUUUAGCUUCACAAUUGAGUGGUAGCAUGGAGACACAUCAGACUCAGAGUACCUUCCAUGGUUUACCUGAGGGAGUCAGAGAAAGUAACUUAACGACAACAGCAGACCAACGUCCAAUGUCUCAGUCUCAGCCUGUGAGGGAUCUAUCAGCUCCUAGAAUGACAAGUCCUCGUCUCCCCACUGUUCAGCAGCCUAAAUCUGACUUGGAGCUGCAGGCUGGGGCAGUAGAUAGACAGCCAACACACAAAGCACCUUUGCAAGACUCUGAGGGAUCAAUUUCUGUCAGAUCUGCUCCUACUUCCCUCAACCAGCUAUUGGACAACAGUAUGCUCCACCGGCCUGUGCAUGGCAGUACAGUUAGGGAUGUUCUUGGAAAAGACAGUUCCAAGUUGUCUGUGAAUUCAGAUAGACAACUUCACAGUAAUAUUCAGAGUGCAGACAUGCAAGCCUCUGCUCCUUCUGCACCUCUUAAUGAAUCGGAAGCUAAACUUAAACCUGCUGUUUCAACCCCUUUUCACAGUCACAACAUGAAUCCGAGUACAAACAUGACUUUCAAUAGCACUCACAGUCGUACGCCAAACCCUUUGUCCUCUCCUGGUGUCACUUCCAAUCUAAAUGUAAAUACCACCCUUUCUCCAAACUUUAGUAACACUAAUGUUGCCCAGAGUGUAAGCACCAGCCCAAUUACUUCAACUCACACCAAUCUUUCUUUAGCAGUUAGUGCCAGUUCGAACGUCAAUUCUAGCCUUAGCCAAACCAGUGUGACUCUCAAACCUGGCAUGGGCCCUAAACCUAUAACAAGUGUUCACUCGGUUAUACAAAUUCCUGCUUCGUCUAGUUCUAUUUCUCCAAACCAGAUCACUGUAUUUGUUACACCUAACCCCAUCACUUCUGCCACAACAUCUCAAGUUGCUGCAUCUAAGGUCCCCACAAUGGUAGCACUCCCAAACAAGAAUAUUCGGCCACAGGAUAUCCGGCAUCAGGCACCUGUCCCUCGACCACCUCAGUUUAUCACCACUACCCCUGUUUUUAUUAACCCGAUUUUUCAAGUACCGACUGUGUCAUCCAAUUCCACAGUAGUAUCUCAGUCAGUCACCAUGGUGGGACCUAUCCAAAUGUCUACUACUAAUAUCCAACUUUCUACUGCCCCAAGCGCCUCACAGUCUUUAGGAGGGAACAUAACCACCUCUCCUCUUGCCCGAAGCACUGUUGGACAGCUUCCAACUAGUGUGUCCUCAUCCACCCCAAUUGGUGCCCCCUCAGUUCCUCAGCAAAUCACUCAUGGGACUCUUAAAAUAGAGAAUCGAAGUGAAGCAACUUCUGCUCAGAAGUCAAGUCCCCCAGCCAGUCAGCAAUCAUAUUCGAGCCCUUCAGCAUCAUCAUCCUUUCAGCCUACCAUUGUCUCUCCUCCUCCCUGCUCAAGUCCAAGCACACUUAGAAAGGGCCCCAUGUCUCAUUCUUUCACUGCCCAAUUGAAAAGUAAGCUGACACAGGUAACCACAGCUCUCUCUACAACAGCUGAUUCCCAGAUACCUGCCCAGUCCUCCGUUGUGGCAGCUCCACCCCAUGUCAUGCCUGUAGUGGCUCACACCACUGUUGCUGGGCCAAACAUUACUACACAAGCAGUCUCCUCCUAUAUGACAGUUCCUGGUCAGAUUUCUGUUCCUACCCAGGCUUCCUUGCCUAGUACUUCAGCUUCGGUCUCAAAUCUCACACACGCUGUGACUUCUCAGAAUCCCCUUGUCACUGUAGUUGGUGUGACCACUGCAGUCUCCUCAGCCACCUUACUCUCUACAGUCACCCCUGUUCAAAAUCCAGUACCAUCUGUUGCUCCAAUUGUUGCUGUGCCUGGAUCUAUUCAGGAUGCCCCACCUACAAAUUCAUCUCCUCUUGCUAGUGUCAGUGGAGUUCCUCUUUCUCAGGCUGGACCUCUGUCUUUUGAGCCUACCAUUACACAAGUGGUGACUCCUGCUGAAACUAUAAAUACCAUACCAGAUUCUAUCCAUCCAGAAGCUUCAGAAGAGCCUGUUGUCAGUGAGAAGACAAGUGAAGAGGCCUUGACAGGUCCUGAUCAGGGAUGGGCAAAGAAAAGAAAGACGCCCAUCAACUUAGUACCAAGAGCUGCUGUGGAGAAACCCAAGGGGCCGAGCAGACGCAGCUCCCGCGCAGAGAAAGAAGUGGAGGAGGAGCCAAUUGCCGACAGCGGUGUUCGGAAGAGAUCAGCCCGGCCAGGGACAAAUGCUGCUGUAAAAGAAACUGGAGCCAGCCCCACACAGGCCAAACGAAGGAAGUCGAAAUAGGAGCAAAUGACUCUUUUGACAAGGUGUGAACUAUAUGGUUAUGUUUUUAUUUUGCCGCUGUGAAACACUUGAUUCUCUGUCCCGGGUUAUGAUUUUUCACUGGAGGAAGAAAUCAUGUACAGAUAGUUUUAAAAAGAGUAAUGUCCAUCAAAUACUGUGAGAUUGUAGUUAAAAUGUGUGGAUAUCAAUUGUGCUCGUAUGGAUGUGCUUUUUUUUGUAACAUGCUGGAUUAAUCAUGUUUAGACUGAUAAUGGAGCUUGUCAUGUUGUAAUACUGAAUAAAAUUUUCUACUGCUUCAGUCCCAUUA